GAACACAACAAUACAGUACCAUAAUGUUUACUUUCGAACGCUGAUUGUUGGGGACGCUUUUAAUUUUAUAUCCAGUUAAUGUUUUUGUCAUUUCAUCCCAAAUUAAGAAAACAGAAAACAUAACACAGUCUUGAAUGUUUAAUGUUUCUAGAAUGGAGCAAUUUGAAAUACAGCUACUUACUGUUGAGCAAUCAUUAUCAGCAAGCCAAAAUGAAAGUGAACGUCUAGAACUACUGGCCCUAAAGGAAAACUUGAUCGAACUUAUAGCCCUUACACAAUUUUCCAAAGAUGAAGAACAACCUUGCGAAAAUUCAAGAAAGAAGAAUGAAAUAGAUGAAGAAUUCAAGCAAUUUAUGAACGAAAUGCAGGAAAUUGAUGACGGUUUGAAAAAGCUGAAGGAAGGAUAUCAGAACAUGGUCGGAGAGAAAUGCAGUGCUCCACAUAAACAUGCGUGGGGCGCUGUUGAAUACCACAAUGCUAUAAUUUGUAGCAUUGAAAAGGAAGCCCCUAUUGAUGUUGAUGGCAAUGUUGAUGUUAAAUUUCGCAUUCUUUUCACAAACCCCACUCACAAAGAAAUGCUCCCUUGCUCUUAUUUUUUGGAAGGAGAGUGUCGUUUUGACAGUGAAAAUUGUCAUUAUUCCCACGGCGAAGUAGUUUCGGCGUCAGCUUUGCGUGAAUAUACUAAACCAGAUUUUUCCCGAUUGUCAAGGAAUUGUGUUGUUUUGGCCAAAAUGGAGGACGGACUCUGGCAAAGAGGACGUGUACUAUGUGCAAACUUCGUGGAAAAAGAAUGCCGAGUUCGUUUAGAUAACGCCAAGAGGGAGCACAAAGAGCAAGAUUUAAAAUUUGAAAAUUUGUUACCUAUUUAUGAAGAUGACACUUCAAGUGAUGAUGCAGAUAGCGACGCGGGUGAUACGUCCCAAUUUUAUGACAGUUAUAUAAGUCUCAAUAAUGCCUUAACGUAUGAAUUAUCACAACCUCUCGGAGCUUGGGAGAAGCAUACAAGGGGUAUCGGCUCGAAAAUAAUGGCUAAGAUGGGCUAUAUUUAUGGGUCAGGUUUGGGUACUAAUGGUAGAGGCAUAAUAACACCAGUAUCUGCACAAAUACUGCCUCCUGGAAGGUCACUUGAUCAUUGCAUGGAUCUCCGUGAAGCAGCGAAUGGUGACAAAGAUUUGUUCGAUGCCGAAAAGAAAAUGGAAAGAGAACAAAAGAAGCAAUUAGCAAUGAGUGCUAAGGUUUGCGAAAAAGCUGCAAAAAGGGUUGAUGUAUUUUCAUUUAUAAAUGAUAAUGUUUUAGCAUUGCCAACGCCAAAAGGCAAAUCAGCAAUACCAAAAAAAUCAUUACAAAGCCAUACAUCCAAAUCUCUUAAUGUUGAAAGUGUAAAGGUAGCAGAUGAUAUUCGUCGUAAAGAACGGGAAAUAUUAGAAGUUGAAAAAUCCUUGAAACGUAACGCUGAUGAGAAAUCUGAAAUUUGCUGCCGCCUAAAACAGAAGCUAGAGGCAAAGAAAAUUGAAUUGAACGUUUUAAAAGAAGAACAAAAGUGCCUUUCCAAAGAACAAUCCACAAGGAAGACGAAAGAAAAGUUGUGCAUAUUUUAAAUGCCAACGAACGUUUACCAAAUCAAUCACUUUAUUUGUCUUUUCUUAUAUGGUGAAAGAAUAAGAGCAAUUGCGAACUUUAUACAGUAUGCAGGAAACUUAAAUCCUAUGCAUUCACACAAGAAGAUAUCUUAAGUAUUGUUUUUAAUGCAUUGUGAUGGAGAAGACACCAUUUUUCAAUUUAACGCUUUAGUUUUACAUAUUUUUGUAGCUGAAUUUUGAGUUCGUUAUAACAAAAUUGGCUUCUUGCGCAUAUAAUUUCAAAUUCGGCACACAGUAUAGAAGAAAAACGUCCAAACUAUAACUAUAGAAUGUGUACUAACAAUUGGUUAACCGCUUGUUAGUACACAUUCUAUCAAUUUAAAAUAUUAAAGGCAAUUUUGACCUAUAAAAAAUCUAUACUUUUAUACUUUAGUCAUGCAUCCCAAAACAAAUAAUCGUAGAAAUCGUAUCCAUAUUUAAUUGAUGCCAUUGUCUACAAAGUAAUUAAAUAAAUGCUACAAAACGGAAUUAUCAGAUUUUUAAAAUCUGCAUACAAUAGUCCGGUAUGGGUAGUCGAAGAAAAAAAAACUAUUUUUCUUUAUGAUAUCGAAAAAUUCUGGUUCUAGAACCGAGCAAAUGAUUUCGCAGAAGUUUCAAAAUUGUAUUAACUGCAUGUUGCGUUCGUUUUGAUUAAAAUUUUGAUAUUGGGCAAAAAAUAUCAUAUUUUGCAAGAAAAUUUAUACGAAACUAGCUGGCCCAGUCCGCUUUGCCGGCCCGUAGUUUUAGUCUUUAAUGCAUAGUUUUUAAAGCAUAAUAAUUCCCAAAUCUGGCUCACAUAAGUGGCACAAUUUUUAGUAUAAAUGAUGACUCGAUUAAAUAGAAAUAAAGACGUCUUUCAAAAAACCUGA